GGCGUCCUUCCUUCUCAGGGUAGCUGCAGGUGUCCUUCCUGCCGUUGGCCCCGUGGUGUCCCAAAGCUGGACGCAUACGACGUAAGAGCCGGGCGACACUGAGGCUGUUUGUUCUACUGAAAAGCACCUGUAUUUUCUGUUUCUCUGGACAGCUUGGUUUCUCACACAAUGGUAGAAGCAGAUCGUCCUGGCAGGCUUUUCAUUGGUGGCCUAAAUAGGGAAAGCAAUGAAAAGAUGUUUAAAGCAGUAUUUGCAAAACAUGGUCCCAUAUCAGAAGUUCUUUUGAUAAAGGAUCGAACCAGCAAAUCCAGAGGCUUUGCAUUUACUACUUUUGAGAACCCUGCAGAUGCUAAGAAUGCUGCCAAAGAUAUGAAUGGAAAGCCUUUGGAUGGAAAAGCAAUAAAAGUAGAACAAGCCAAGAAACCAUCUUUUCAAAGUGGUGGUAGGCGGAGACCACCAGCUUCCUCGAGAAACAGAAGCCCUUCAGGAAGUCUGAGAUCUGCAAGAGGAAGUAGUGGAGGAACAAGAGGAUGGCAUCCCUCACAUGAGGGACGCUUGCGUAAUGUUUUAAAAUAUGAUGGUGGAUACACCCUUGAUCUCAGCACGAGUUCUUCUAGGCAACCCAUUCUAGUUAAAAGAGGUCCCUCUUCAAAAAGUGGAGGUCCUCCUCCUAAAAAGUCUGCUCCUUCUGCUGUGGCAAGAAGCAACAAUUGGAUGAGAGGCCAAGGUCCCAUAUCAUGUGGAAGAGAGAAUUAUGGAGGUCCUACACGUAGACAGCCAGUCUCUUCCUGGAGAAAUGACCACGUGUCUCUAAGAGACGAUGGUUAUGCAACUAAGGAGAGUGAUCCUGUUGGCUAUGGUGAGACCAGUGGUAGAGAUCACUCUGAACAUACAAGUGGAAGUUCUUACAGAGAUGCAUUUCAGGGAUAUGGGACCUCUCAUGGUGCACCACCUGCACGAGGGCCUCGGAUGUCUUAUGGUGGAAGCAGCCGCCCUGAUUAUAACAAUACACUAGAUAGAUAUGGCAGAAGUCGGGAGAGUUACUCAAGAAGCUGCGGUGAUUUUUAUUUUUGUGGUCAUGAGCACGUUGGCAGAAAAGACCAAAGGAAUCCACUUUCUCUGGAUAGGGUGCACCCUGCUCGUCGUGAAGCAUAUGGUAGCUCAAGUUAUGUGGCAUCUACAAUAGAUGGUCGGGAAAGUCGAUCUGAAAAAGGAGACUGAAGCAGAUAUUAAAGCAAGUAUUCCAAAUAAUAGCUAUUGCAUACCAAAGCUUGUUCGCAAAUUGAAAAUGGACGUGUUAUUUCUGCAUUGUUACCUGCAUAUUACUGAAAGAAACAUGUCAGUAUUGGGGAGAGACGUAGAUGCUAACUUCCUCCAUCAAUCUGUUGAGGUAUUCCAAGGAAAACAAUUUUUUUCGGAGUAAUUUCAUACUUGUUAAUGCUAUUUGAAAACUGUCUGUUUAGAUGUAAUAUCUACAUUAAAAAUUUCAGAAAAAAUUUUACAUGUAAUGCAAAAUAGCUGAUGUUAUUGGUUAGCUGCACAUGCUUAAAAGCAAAUACAAUAGAAAAGUAAAUUGUGUUUUUGUUGAACAUUUUCCUUUGUUUCUCUGAACAUAAAUAGUUACAAAAUUAGGCAUAUGUUACAUCUCCCUUUCAAGCUGCACAAGUGUUCUGAUUAGGCCUUUUCUGUUUAAAAACUUACAAGCUUGAAAUGUUUGAGACUCCUUCAGAAAGACUACAAAACUGUCUGCCUCAUCAUAAAACGUUUAUUUUUUAGAGGAAUAGUACAGGUGAACAGAAAUAAUUAGAUGUGGUUGAUACUAAAGUUUAAAACAUCUGGAACAUUCUACUUGAAGCAUUCUGUGACUGAAGGGGUAUAAUGGUAAUGAAACCUUUUUUUUUUUUUACCUAAAUCAAAACCGAACCAGCUAAGUUUCUCAAGUGAAUAACAUAAUGAAAUUAAAUGUUCCUAGUUUAAAUAGUGGAAAGUAGGUGUUUUAUCUUGGGAGGUACUCAUGUUAGUUUUUUCUUGAAAGUUUUGACAAUGGUUAUUGUAAGUAAUGAUUUGGUAAUAAGUUCUUACAAAUAGAAAUAAUCUAGAAUGGUUGGGAUUUUAUCAGUUUUUUUUUUUUUUUUUGAGAUGGAGUGUAGCUUUGUCGCCCAAGUUGGACUGCAGCGGCUCCAUCUUGCCUUACUGCAACCUCUGCCUUCUGGGUCCAAGCUAUUCUUUUGCCUCAGCAUCCUGAGUAACUGUUGUUAGAGAUGUGUGCACCACAGCUCGCUAAUUUUUUGUAUUGUUAGUACAGACAGCGUUUCACCGUGUUUGCCAGGCCGUUCUUAAAAAUCCUGAUCCACCCUCCUUGGACUCCCAAAGUGCUAAGAUUACAGGCAUGAACCCCUGCACUCAGCCUAUCAAAUUUAAUUGACGAUAUGAAUGGAAAUGAUUUAAACCUCAUACUUUUGGGAAAACGAAGUGUAUAAAACAUAAACAACAGCAUAAAGUUUCAGAUGGAUUGCUUAAAGGUUUAAGCAAUCAUCGAAUGAUAAAAAUAAAAAGAUUUGGACCU